CGUCAACACUUGUUGCGCUGGACACACGACUACUGGAACGACGCUGUGGAAACACCUCGGAAAGCUGAAAACCGCAGCUCUGAUUCUUUGAUCUCGAUGAACUCUGCGCACAUGAAGUUCUACACCCGAUAGUCAUGCCCGCUGGCCAUUCAAAGUCCCGCCCACCUACCCCUCCUCCGCUGUUCAGACAUCCUUGUAGCAUACCAGGGAAGGGACCUUGAAGGAUUGCAGCGAUGUUCGAGAAAUCCCUCUAUGACCUCAUUCGAGGUCUUCGGAAUCAUAAAGGCUCGGAGAAAGAGUACAUCAACUCCUCCAUUAAAGAAUGCCGACAGGAAAUACGGUCCAACGAUAUGGACCUCAAGUCCACCGCGCUGAUGAAGCUCACGUACCUCGAAAUGUUCGGCCACGACAUGUCGUGGGCCUCGUUCAAUGUCCUCGAAGUCAUGUCAUCCCCCAAGUACCGCCACAAACGCACCGGAUAUCUUGCUGCCGUGCAGUCAUUCAGGAGAGACACCGAGGUGUUGAUGUUAGCAGAGAAUCAAUUAAAAAAGGAUAUAAGCAGUCCCGCGCCAACUGUUAUCAGCUUGCCGCUCAUCGCAGUUCCACAUGUUAUCAACCCUAGCAUGGCGAACUCGAUAUUGGGAGAUCUCCUGCCCCGAUUAACGCAUAGCCAUGCGAGCAUCCGAAAAAAGACGGUCGUCACGUUGUAUAGACUUGCUCUAGUAUACCCUGAGACGCUAAGGCCGGCAUGGCCAAAGAUAAAAGAGAGAUUGCAGGACGAUAACGAGGAUCCAAGCGUAACGUCUGCUAUUGUGAACGUAGUCUGUGAGCUUGGAUGGAGAAGACCACAAGAUUUCUUACCCCUUGCCCCAAGACUCUUUGAUCUUUUAGUAGAGGGAGGUAACAACUGGAUGGCGAUCAAGUUGAUAAAGCUGUUCGCGACCUUAACACCCCUUGAACCCCGACUCAUAAAGAAGCUCCUCCCGCCCCUCACGAAGAUCAUAAGAGAAACCUCAGCUAUGUCACUACUCUAUGAAUGCAUCAGCGGCAUCAUCCAAGGUGGCAUUCUCGAAGCUGUCGAGGGCACGACUGAAGGGGAGGAGGUUGCUCGCUUGUGCGUUGGGAAGCUAAGAGGAAUGAUGAUUAUUGAAGGCGACGCCAACCUGAAAUACGUCGCGCUGCUUGCCUUUGAGAAAAUUGUCAGAUCACACCCGCAUCUUGUUUCACAACAGCAAGAUGUUAUCCUGGAAUGCAUUGAUGAUCCAGAUAUCUCGAUACGGAUGCUUGCGCUGGAUUUAGUUGUCGGCAUGGUCAACAUCGAAAAUCUAACCGCUAUCGUAGGGCGUCUGAUGCGUCAGUUGCGCAAUGCUCCCAUCGCAUCUUCGGCGGACGAUCCAGCAAAUGAUCGCGGGAGAUUCUCGAGUGUCGUUCCUUAUGGGGACUCGGACGAUUCUGAUGCGGAAGAAUCUCUUCGGCCAGAAUCCAGGUCGAAUCAGCCACCGCCCCUGCCAGAUGAUUAUCGAGUCAGCGUUAUUCGAAGAGUGUUGGAAAUGUGCGCACGGGAUACAUACGCGAAUAUUUCUGAUUUCGAGUGGUAUAUCGACGUCCUAGUACAGCUUGUCAGAGUUUCACCGUCGACAAAAGCAUCUUCUGCCACUGAAGACGACGAUACAGAGCACGCAGAUGACGUUGGGCGAGGAAUUGGGCGCGAACUGCAAAAUGUUGCUGUUCGUGUUAAGAGUGUGCGCUCCGAGGUUGUUGAUGCUGCACAAUCACUUAUCCUUGUCGAUCGACGAGAUCAAAUGUUCCCGGCUUCAGGAAAUGGUGGCAUUCGUGUCCUCGAAUAUGCUGCUUGGCUUGUUGGAGAAUACGCCAAUUGCCUUGCUCAACCAGAGCCCGUCAUGACCUCGUUGCUACAUUCAUCGUCAGCGCAGCUCCCCCCUAGGAUUCUCGCAGUGUACCUCCAAGCGAUACCAAAAGUGUUCGCCUCCAUAUCGGGCAGUGAUCAGUUGUCUUGGACACCAGAGCGUAAAACACUAAUGUCGCUGCUCAUGGCUAGGAUCAUUCAUUUUCUGGAACCGCUAUCUACACAUCCAGACCUUGAGGUCCAGGAACGCGCAGUGGAGUACUUGGAAUUAAUGCGGUUGGCUGCUGAAGCAGCGGCCGGUACUGAUACAGCAUUGUCAUAUGAGGAUUUCGUCGACCCUCCUCUUCUCCUUACGCAAGCCAUUCCUGCUCUCUUCACCGGUGCCGAGCUAAAUCCUGUGGCACCUGGCGCACAGAGGAAGGUGCCCAUGCCCAUGCCCGAUGACCUCGACCUUGAUGCCCCCAUCAAUCCCAAUUUGAACAAUCUUCUUGCUCAAGCUGAACUAGCAGCAUUCGAAACCGAUGACGACGAUGUGUACGCUGCAUAUACCGAGCCGAUCACGUCUUAUGCAGCGAGUGAAGCCCAACCAUCUAUAUCUGCCUCUGAACGUCUUGACGGCCAGCAGAAAGAACCUACAAGCUAUCAGAAUGCUGUAGAGGAAGAGUACCUAGACCCCGAUAUCAUUGCACGCAGGAAGGCGGAGCGCCGCGAGCGACAUAAGGACGACCCAUUCUAUAUCGAUCCAGAAGGACAGUCCGGCUCUGGCACCAUCACUCCACUUACAAGCAUCGUAAGAGCAGGUAAUGAGGAAGUCGAUAUUGACGCGAUUCCGAUCAUGGAUCUGGAUCUUUCAACUCAACGGGGUGCUGGCGAAGAGAUAUCCCGCUCCCGGAGCCCACGCAAACCUACGCGAAGAGUCGAAAUCAUGGGCGACGAAACACUAGGUCCAAGCGAACCGGAUUCAUCGCGUGACAAUAGCACUACCCCACGAACAUCCAACAGAGCUAAGAAGAGCUUGCUACAGGUUGACAGCUCCGGAUUAGGAUCAUUGAGCCUUGAUGACGACGACGAUUCCGGAAGUAGUAGAAAGAUGACGCGGCUGGAGAUGGAGAGGAAAGAGCAAGAGGAGCAGGAGAUGAAGAAGGCACUCAUGGAAGUUGAACGAUUGAGAUUGGAGAUGCAGAGAGCAAGUGAGCGAUUGGAGGCCAGGGGAGAGGUCGCUGUCAAGCCAAAGAAGAAGAAAAAAGUCAGAAAGGCCGAGAUUGGGGGUGACGAUGUUCCAAUACAUGAGGUCAUACAUGAGGGUGCGGACAGCAUUGGACAUCAAGGAGCAGAAGAUGGGACAGAAGAGAAGCCGGCCAAGAAGAAGAAGAAAAAGAAGAGCAAACCUGGAGAGGGAGAUGUGGGCGGCGACGGCGAGAGGGAUGACGAAACAGUAGCAAAGAAGAAGAAAAAGAAGAGGAGGCAAGUGGUAAUGGACGAAGGUGUACCCAACACAGAGCAGUAACCAAUAAAUACGGCAUUUACUGUGGAAAUGGAGCACAGCAUACACAUCUCCAGAUUUGGAAUUCAGACUCGAACCGUUCUCGAAUCAUUGGAAAACCAUGGGCAUUGUGGUAUAUAUCUGCUUGAAUAAAAUAGCCCCAAAAUAUCAAUGCUGCUAGGAAUCGCAUGCUUGCAUCGACUCCAGUGUUUCUCCAGC